CCGAGAAGUUGCGUUCGUCGCCUGUCCAAAUUGCGUUUUUCCGCAUCCGGCUAUCUGUCGCUCUCUUUUAAGUUAGCUUUUCCAAAGUUAACACAUUGAUCGAGAUGUCGGCCCACAAAACGUUCCGGAUCAAGCAGAAGCUUGCCAAAAAGCUGAAGCAAAACAGACCCAUUCCACAGUGGAUCAGAAUGCGCACUGGAAACACUAUCCGGUACAACGCUAAGCGCCGUCACUGGCGUCGCACCAAGCUAAAGCUGUAAGCGACGGUCUCCGGUGGGCAGAAGAACAAUGUUCCGGCAGAUUGUUUUUACAGUUUUCUCUCGUGGUCGGUGUCGUCAGUGUCCGGGAUUCGGUUCCGUUGUUUGUGGAUGCCACGUAUUUCUCAAUUGAGUGAAGUUCGGGAAGCAUUUUGCCACAAAAGUUUACCGGGACUUUGCUCGGUAGUGUGUUGAAACAACUGCAAAAGGAUCAUGAAAAUCCGCAACCAAUAAAGAAUGGAAGCUCGGAGGUGAGGAUUCCGACCAGAAAAUCAG